UUUGGGUGUGAAAGCCUAUAUGUAUGUGCAAAACACUGAGAAAAAGGGAAGCGUUCGAGUUGUUAGGUCAGGUAGAACAUAGCGCGUAGAGCUGAAACUGUGAAACAAUUUUUGAGUUUCACAAGCUCCAAACACCACCAAAAAGACUAGCAGACAGCAGAAAAAGGGUGAAUUUUGGUGGAUUUAGGAGCUCUGGGAGAAAUGGAGAACCUGGCUGUUUUUCACGGGCCGAUCGGGAUGGAGGAGGGUGAGAGGAGGCUGGCCAAAGAUGGACGGGAUGGGUGCUACUUGGUCCGGACCAGUGACACGGUACCUGGGUCCUUCUGCCUCUGUGUGCUAUGCGGAGGAUACGUCUACACUUACAGACUGCACAGAGACAGCCAGGGCCAAUGGGCAGCAGAAACCACUCCUGGUGUCGAGAAGCGAUAUUUCCGCCACAUCAAGAACCUGAUCAGUGCGUUCCAGAAGCCAGGACAAGGCCUGGCCAUGCCCCUGCUGUACCCUGUGACUGCAGAGCUGCCAGGCCAGGCUCGCAGGGCAGCCGACAGGGGGGCCAACAGGGGGGCCGACAGGGGGGGCAACACACCUCCUAAUGCUCUUUGCACUCCCCAAAUCAUUCCUCUUCCUCCACGCUUCAAACCUGCUCCUUCAACACCAGCUGCGUUGUAAGAGGACACAGACUGUUUAGGGACAAACCCCGAAUCACCACAAACUCAAUACAAAGUCUAUGAGUCAAGGUCGUCGCCUUGGAGACUUCUGCUGUAAUGACUAUGCAACACACUUCCUGCACAUAAUGAUUUCAGUAACAGAAGUCUGGGGUUGUGAGGUUCGUUAAAUGUGUUAUCUUAUUUUGAUUAUUAGUAUUAUUAUUUUGAAUGCAUUUCCUUCAAGAACUGCAGACUAAACACAACUAUUAGCAUAUUAGUAGGAAAAUUACACCCUCAUUUGUCCAGAAGAGGUUAUUAACAACAAAGGACGUGUUGAGCUUAAAUAGGCUGGGUAAAGCCUUAUCCAGAUGAUCACCUUUGAAACCUUUAUUUCUUCUAUAACUUCGAUAACUGACAUAACCAAACUUUUUUUUCUUUCUCAUAAAUGGUUAAAUUCUGUUUUGUCCUCCAGAAAGUGUAUUGUAACAGCAGAAGUUUGGGAGUUUGUGAAACUUCCCAGACGCUGUCAUCUAAUAAGAAAACAUUUCAUCUAAACUUGUAAGAAAGACCCCUGUGAGGCGCUAUAUGAUACUUUAGGAUAAGAGGAAAAAGCUGUUCUAAAGUAAAAAAAAUCUGUGUAUGUAUAUAAUAGCAAUAUACCAAAGGGUUUGUAAUAGCCGGAACAAGUUUGAUUUGAUAUAAAAAAAAAAAAAACACUUUUGUCUUUACACAGUUUGAAAAUGAGGUACCACGGCUUCAAUUAUCCUUUAUAUUCUAUUAUCAGCUUUGACAAACGGUUUUAGUUAAAAAGCUAAUUGCAGAAAGCUGAAAAAAAAUAAAGCUACAAAUAGUGUGGU